AUGUCCACUUUACCAAUCGUUAAUCCAUUUCACUGGGGGUUUCGUGGAACCGUUGAUCAAGUCUUUAAUCCAGAUGGGACUGUUCCGUUGAAAUUGAAAAAUGGCCAAGAAUUGCAAUUGCAUGAUUUUAUCAGUAAGGAAGUACCAGCCCUGGCCGACAGGUCUCAAUUCGAGUUGAAUCCUUACCUUUUCACCGGGUACUUGCAAACUAUGUAUCUUUUCGGGGCGGACUUCUCGAAAUCGAAUCUUGCGUUUUACGGUCGAGAAAUCGUAAAUUUCUCCGACGGUGGUAUCUCCACUGCUGACUGGCUCAAGAGCGGCUGGGAGUCCAAGUACGGGCUCGACAAAGCUUCUGGGAAGUUUAAUCGUGAAAAAUUUGCAGAGGAUGCAAGUGCUACUCAUCCAGAGAGCUGGCCUCGAUUGCACCCUCGCACACGAUUUUUGACAAGCCCCGAGCUCGAGGAAACGCAUCAAAGUGAGAAACCUUUGGUGGUUAUUUUACAUGGAUUGAGCGGUGGGUCGCAUGAGCUUAUUUGCCGAGCUCUUGCGUUGCAGAUAGCCCAGAUAAGUGGCGGAAAAUUUGAUGUUGUCGUGCUUAACAGUAGAGGUUGUGCGCGCUCGAAGAUUACGACUCGAAAGCUAUUUUAUGCUCUGUUCACUGAUGAUUUGCACGAGUUUCUGUCGCGCGAGAAGAAAUGGCAUCCUAACAAAAAGAUAUACACCGUGGGGUUCUCAUUUGGAGGCACAAUUUUGGGAAAUUACCUGGGCCAAAAGGGAAGUAGGUCGCUUGUUACUGCCGCUGCCAUCUUAAGCACGCCUUGGGAUCUGUACCUGUCUGCAGUCAAGAUGAACGAUGACUGGUGGUCUAGAAAACUAUUCUCGAAGAGCAUUGCUCAGUUCUUGGUGAGGUUGGUAAAAGUCAAUAUGAAAGAAUUGGAGUUCAAAGAUACUGAUGAAAAGCCAAAGGAACCACCAAGUUUGGAACAUCCGUCUUUUGAUGUAUUUACCGCAGACAACUUGAAAAAGGCUUACUCUUUCAAAUCGACUGCAGAGUUUGAUAACGUUUUCACGGCUCCCUGUCUGGGAUUUAAGACAGCUAACGAAUAUUACAACGCCUGUGGAUCUAUUCAUCAAUUGCCAAACGUUAAAGUACCCCUUCUCAUCAUUAAUUCCAAAGAUGAUCCUAUGGUUGGUGAGGAAGCAAUCCCAUUUAAAUAUUCGAGAGAAAACAAAAAUGUCACCCUUUGCGUUACAGAUCUCGGCGGUCAUCUGGCAUAUCUUGACCGGAGUCACAAUCCUUGGGCCAUUACUCAAAUUGCCAAUUAUUUUUGUAAAUUUGACGAGCUUGUACAGUGA